AUGGACUGCUCUAUCUGCAGCGCGAUGCCAUAUAUUCUAAGGCCUCCAAGAAACACAAUAUGCGGAGCUUGCUACGAGGGAGCCAGAAGUAUAAUCACCUUCACAAACAGACUCGACAACGAGAAGGGAACAGAAAAACCAAGUAACAAUUCGGUUUCCUCGUCUAAUUCCACUAAGGGAUUUGCAAAUGCUUUGAAAUGGAUGAAGGAGAUGAAGGAACUAGAAGAGGAGUUAAUCGAGAAAAUAAGCUUUCUAAGUGAAUUUGCUGCUGCAUUUAGGGAUGAAAUUCACACUGAUAUUCAAGUCAAGCCUGGAGACGAUGGACCCUCGAUACCUGCACACAAAGCAUUAUUGGCAGCAAGAUCUAGUAUUUUCAGAAACAUACUGGAUUCCGAUGGAUGUAAAGCUCCACCAAAUGACACAAUAACACUUCCUGAACUGAACUAUGAGGAGUUAGAGUCUUUGUUGGAGUUCUUAUACAGUGGACAUUUGCCCAAAGAAAAGGUGGAAAAACAUGUUUAUUCUUUGUCAGUUGCGGCAGACAAGUAUGAAAUCCCAUUUCUUCAAAAAUAUUGUGAGCAUCAAAUGCUUGGAUCCUUGAACUCAUUCAAUGCUCUUGAUAUUCUAGAGAUAUCAGAUACUUGUUCAAACCAAUCCUUAAAGGAGACUUCCUUGAACUUUAUUGUUAGAAACAUGGAAGAAAUAGUUUUCUCUUCCAGAUUUGAUGCAUUUGCACUCAAGAAUCCUCAUCUAACUGUACAGAUUACAAGGGCAUCCUUUGUCGACAUAAAAAAUAGCAGGAAUGCAGUUUGA